UAGUACAAUAGAGUACAGUGGUGUGGCAGGCGUCAAAUAGGAGAGCUUCUUCGGCGUGUUUCGUCCACCGGCCGGUAUCUAUUGCGAAAGAAAUCCCCAGAAAUCAGCGCCGCAGGAGAAGAACCAGCAAGCCGGGUUUCGAACCGAUAAUUGCCCUCUUCGUAUGGCCUCAAUAUCCGAAAUGAGUCUCGGGUGCUCGGGCGUUUCCUUUUGAGUGCAGUCGUUUUUUUUACCCUUAGGGCCCGCUGCUUGUCCUCACUGAUCUAUGGCGACGUGAGCCUGCCGGUUUCCUCAGGGUCUCCCCGAGUCUGCCGCCUCUCCCUUCCCCGAGUGCUUACCUCCUGCACACCCACCCCAUCCACUCUCGAACCCCGGCUUUUCUCCUUGUUCAGCCUCCCCUUCUCCACUUCCCUUUCCCUGGCAGUGACGGAUCUCAUCUCGAUUCCUGAGUAUUGGCCAACACAGUCGGGCCCUAGUCGCUCUCCAUGUUGAUACAGCACUUACUACUUACACAGGCUGCAGUUCUUUGUCGCGUUAAGUCAAGCCAGCGGUAACAGCAGCAGCAGCAGCUCGCCUGCAAAGGACGGGAUCCACAACUGACAAGAGACCAUGGAAUGUCAUCUCUAGCCUUGGUUGAAUAUUAAAAAACAAUCAUUUUCUUGUGACUGACCCUCCUCCAACCUUCAUUUUCGUAUGUGUGCAGACAGUGCGAACAGAAAGUGCAUCACACGGGACCACAGCCAGCACAAUGUCGGAGGACAAGAAUGCGGAGAAGUUAGUUAAGGAUACCUCCAUUAUAGACGAAUACAAUAUCAACUGGACCCAGAAGCUGGGUGCUGGAAUCAGUGGUCCCGUCAGAGUGUGUGUGAAGAAAUCGACGCAAGAGCGCUUCGCACUGAAGAUCCUUAUCGACCGUCCGAAAGCUCGGAAUGAGGUUCGACUCCAUAUGAUGUGUGUAGGUCACCCCAACAUCGUUCAGAUUAUAGAAGUCUAUGCUAACAGUGUACAGUUCCCUCAUGAGUCCAGUCCCAGGGCCCGGCUGCUGAUUGUCAUGGAGAUGAUGGAGGGAGGAGAGCUCUUUCACAGAAUCAGCCAGCACCGGCACUUCACUGAGAAAAUGGCCAGCCAAGUAACAAAGCAGAUCGCUCAGGCUCUCCAGCACUGUCACUCCCUGAACAUCGCUCACAGAGAUCUCAAGCCAGAGAACCUGCUCUUCAAGGACAACUCACUGGAUGCCCCUGUUAAACUCUGCGAUUUUGGAUUUGCCAAGAUUGACCAAGGUGACUUGAUGACCCCCCAGUUCACUCCUUAUUAUGUAGCACCUCAGGUACUGGAGGCUCAGAGGAGACACCAGAAAGAGAAAUCUGGAAUAAUACCUACCUCACCAACUCCUUACACAUAUAACAAGAGCUGUGACUUGUGGUCGCUGGGUGUGAUCAUCUACGUGAUGCUGUGCGGGUACCCGCCUUUCUACUCCAAGCACCACAGCCGCACCAUCCCCAAGGACAUGCGCAAGAAGAUCAUGACUGGGAGCUUUGAGUUCCCAGAGGACGAGUGGAGCCAGAUCUCUGAGAUGGCCAAGGACAUUGUGAGAAAGCUGCUGAAGGUGAAGCCAGAGGAGAGGCUCACUAUUGAGGGGGUGCUGGAUCACCCCUGGCUGAACUGCACAGAGGCCCUGGACAACGUGCUGCCUUCUGCACAGAUGAUGAUGGACAAGGCGAUAGUUGCUGGUAUUCAGCAAGCCCACGCAGAACAGCUCGCUAACAUGAGGAUCCAGGAUCUGAACGUCAGCCUCAAGCCCCUCAACUCUGUCAAUAACCCCAUUCUGAGGAAACGAAAACUGCUGGGCACGAAACCCAAGAGUGGGUUUUUCUUCCACGAUCCAGAGAACGGGACGGAAGACUCGAACGUCGCUUUGGAGAAGCUGCGAGAUGUGAUUGCACAGUGCAUCCUGCCCCAGGCUGGAGAGAACGAGGAUGAGAAGCUGAACGAGGUUGUGCACGAGGCGUGGAGGUACAACAAGGACUGUAAGCUGUUGAGGGACGCACUGCAGAGCCUCGGCUGGAAUGGGCGUGCCUUCUCAGACAAAGUGGAUCGCUUGAAACUGGCAGAAAUAGUUAAACAAGUCAUAGAAGAAAAAACGAACUUGCAGGACUCUCAGUAGCAAGUGCUUUACUUAUUAUAUUUUAUUUUUUUAUUUUUUAUGGUUUAUGAUAACUGUUCUUAAAUAAAUGUAAAGAGUCAUUUUUAUGUAAAUUAAGUACAGGACUUAACAAUAAUGCAUUUUUUCAUGGAUUUGCACGCAAUUGCUGUGCAGCUGUAGAUAUAAAAAAGACUUGUUGGUACUGUAAUAUUUUUUAAAUACAGCUGAGUACAUUGCAAAAGAAAGCAUAUGAUUUCAUUUGCAGAAAAGAAAACUCAAUUCUAGACCCUUUGGCAGUGAUGCUGUACCUUCUUAUAGACUCAUGUUGAUGCAGUCUGCUCUAGUGCUGCUUUUUUAUGUUAAAAAAGAGAUCUGUUUUUUAAAAUGAUUAUUAUUUAAAAGGUUCAGUACUUUGAGAAUAUCAUUUCCACCCCCUAAUAAAAAGGAGACUGUCAGGUUUUGUCCCACCUCUACAUUUUGGGUCCUUCGUUCUAAGUUCUGUGGCAAAGCAAAACGAAUCACCCAGAACAGUGAAACCCCUCCACGGGCCACCAACUGGACUGAGUGAUGGUCUUAAUAGAGAUCUGGUGUUACUAGAGGUCAUCUCCUCUCCAAAUUCAAUGGGCCUGAAUGUCCUGCUUGUAUCAAGCUGUUCACAAGGGUUUACUGUAUUUGGUAACAGGGGCAUUAGCAGUUGGGUUCAGAAUUAAGCGAAAACCGUAACUUCAAUGUAUUCUUUUUUAUCACUUCUAAAACACCUGUAAUUCACACACAUGUUUGUGCUAAAGCAAAAUCAAAGCACUCAACCAAUCACCAGGACUUAGAAUGCCCACACCAAGUUCCAUUAGAAUUGGGUGAGUGGUUCUAAAUAUAUUCCCAUAAUUUGUAAUUUGUAUGAGAUUAUUUUAUGAUCUGUGUACCUGCACCUUUUGUAUAUUCUUCUCAGUGGAGACAAUACAUGUGUGUCUAUUUUGCAUGUUUAACUAGGCAGGGUAGUAGUUAUGACAUUGCUAAAAAAACAACAGAUCUAACAAUGAACUUGGAAUGAAGAACUAUAAAGUUUGAAUGGGUCCUUAAAGAGCUACAGGUUUGACAUACUGGCGUGUUGGUGUUGUCUCAUGUCAUAUAGCUGGUGUUAGUUAUUCAUCAUUUUGUGGCCACAUUUAUGAUCUUCUAUAUUCUACCACACCUUUCCUGUGCAGAGAGGGAAUAUGGAACUCUCAUCAAGCAGCAGGCUGAGACAGGAACAGGAAUUCUAUCUCGCUUCCUGCAAGUUCCUUCAAGUUUAAAGCAGUGUGUAAAAAGAACAAUACAAAAAAGUAUGUUAAAAGAAAUAUGGACAUGCUGCAUUAUCUUCAGAGGGCCCAUGCCAAGGCACCCAUACUUCAAUGUGAAGUUUUGAAAUUGAAAUGCUGAAUAUUUAUUGAUGAAACCGAACAAUUCAUCCCAGAAUCAAUGGUACUGUAGUUUAGAUUCAGGAUCACAUGCAAACCCUUAACAAUGAAAAUGGUUAGGGUUUCAAAGUGGUGGCUUUUGUGCAAGCAAACCCCUUUUAGAAAGCAUGUGUGUCCGUGGGGGGGAAAACCAAUACGCAAAUACGAGGAACAGCUUUAACAACGAAAUAAACUUUUUAAUUUGCUCUUUCCAAUGCUUCUGAUGAAGCCAUAACUAAGUUCAGUCCAGGUGUGGUAACACUCGACAGAAUAUCUUUUCCUUGUCCCAGGAAGUUUUCAUUUUGCACCCUUUAAACCAUCCAGUGUAGAAUUAGUCUUGUCUGUGAAACCCAGCAAAACAGGAGUGUGCUGUUAAUACCAGUCUUCUGGGGUUGGUUGAGUCAUGUGUUUUUGUUCUUUCCAGACAGACUCUAAAGGCACAUUUCUGUGUGCUGGUGUUGAUAAACUGUGUCUCGUCACAAACAACUAGCCUAGCUGUGCAAGAGUUCACCUGUUUCAGUGGCAUAUUGACCCGGGUCACAGCCGUCCAUCUCGUGCAGUUUAAGGGAAGUGAACGAUCCUGGGAAGCACAAACAGAUUUAAUAAGCACGUUAUUAGCAUCAGCGUUGGUGUGGUGAGAAUUAAAAACAGACACGCAUGACCUCAGAGCACCUCAUGGUCAGUGUCAUUAAAGCAAGUUAAUAUUUAGAAUGCAUGUUAGGCCGAAUACAGUAACAUUCAUUUGGUGUUCUUAAAUUGCCUCCAGACUGUCAAACAUGGUUUUGUUUGUGAGAGAAUUGGGAGCUGAAAAACAAACAAGCCAAAAUGUGUUUUUAUGCUGCAGAGAUGCUCAGUUUUAAAAACACAGGUAACUAUGAUGGUUCUGUCUGUAACCAGUUAUAUUACAUUUUUCCCCACUAAGACUCAUCUCACAUCGUGUUGAUACAGUAGGGGCUGGUUGUCACGGUGAUUGUGAGUGUAAAGAAUCAAAUGAACUGACCAGGCAAAAGAGCUAGGGUCAGCAUCACUCUUCCUCUAAAGAGGAUGCAGGAGCCUGCCUAUUACAUUGGCCAUCAGUCAAAACGGCCAGUUUAAAAGACACAACAGAGACCUGUUCUCACCAUUAAACUGGAACAGUUCUAAUGCAUUUCAUUUUGAAAGUGUGGACUCUUAUUAAGGGCUAGGUGCUUGAACUCCACUAAUCGGGUAUCUUUUCAAACAUUGGAACCAAUCUUGCUUCCUCUUUAAAACUGUCAGGUGCUGAAUUCAAAGAGGAAAUAAAACACACUGCUGCAACAGUUCAAUAAAACACACUGCUGCAAAAGUCUUUUCAAUAAGCCUGUAAGGGGAGCACAACAAAAAGUAUUUCACUUUCCCUUUAACAGAGAAACGCAAUUCCCUUUAAGACUGCACUACACAAUGUAAAUUUUUUUUUAAAAAAAAGCUGUUUUCAAAAUGGCCGCUCCAGUGCACUGAUAGUGUAAGGAUUAUUACCCAUGUUAUCAAACAGAUAACACAGCAAUAACGAUCCAUGAUGUGGUACGGAGCAGAAAAGCCAGAGCACUUGUUAUGUUUAUUUUUUAUUUUUUAAUCGCUGUUCCUGCAGUGAUUUAGAGCACAGAUCUCAAACCACAGUGCACUAGAGCAGCCAUUUUGAAAAGAGCUUUGAAACAGACAUUAAAGUUAUAAGUGUAAAAAGUUAUCAAGUUGUUAACAAUGAAAAGAAAAAUUCCAGGUAUUUUAUUUAAACAGUUGUAGCAACACCGGGGGACGUGUAACCAGGGGAACCCUGCUACUUAGUCUUUAAAGGGGAGGAUAAUUUGGCUGAAUAUUUGGAUUUUCUGCCCAUGUGUAAAUAUUACUAAUAUUAUGUGGUUUACUGUAAACAUAAUAGCAGCUGAGAACCCUUUUGCCCGUCAAUCGUGUUACUGAAAUUACCUGGUGCCAGCAAUCUGGAAAAUCAGGCUCAUUACCUGUAGUGACUCCCUUUAUAUUCUGGCUUGGACAUUUCAAUGUGGUGAUAUUAAACUAGUUGGACUAUAGUUUGCAUUGAACUUUUGUCCGGUACGUUCAGUACGACUUUAAAAAAUGACCUUCUGAAAGAGGCAACCAUGGAGGGAAAAACUGCUCAAAGCAGAUUUAGCACGGGCUUGAUUGCUGCCAUCUUUGCAACGUAUUUUAGCAAUACCGGUCGUUGCAAUAAAACAGGACUGAGUGCAGCACGAGUAGAUUCCUCUCCUAGACAGCGUGGAGGAUCUCCCUAAGCAGAACAGAGUGAGGACUUGCCUUGUAUCCCCACGUUUUUAACCAAGCAGAUGUGCUUUGCAGAUGCAUUGCAAUACUCCACUGUCGAUUUGAUUUUGUAUUUAUUUAUUAUGCAAUGGACAUCAGUAGUCAUGUUUAAAAGCUACAGUAUUCCAAUUGUGGACAGCACUUUAUUUUAAGUAGCAGUAAUUACACUGUACUAAAAUGCAGAUGCUGUGUACUCGGAUCUCACCCGAUGUGUAUUAGCAUAUGCACUAGUUGUAAAACAAAAUCCGUCUUUAGCUGACAAACUGCAAUGUAUUAAAUGAGUAUUUCUAGGAUUUUGUAUUAUACAUAGAAAUCAUGCAUAUAUUAAUACACAGCCAGUACUAUGUAAAUACAUCACAGCAGUGAUACUGAUGUACUUACAAAUGCAGGAUUACUAAUGAACACAUUUGCUUUAGUUUGUCACGUAUCAUUUCAAGGGCACAUUGUAUUUCAUGCAGUGAAAACAGAGCCAACAGGCUUCAUGACAAUAUUCUGAACAGUGGGGCUGUGGACAGUUUUGUGAACUUCAAAAGAAAAUAGCUUAUUAGCUAUUUAUUUUCAGAAAGGAAAACACACCUUAUUGAAAAAUAUGCGCCAUGGGAAAAGCUGAGUAAAUAGCUCAAAGUCUUUUAAGAAAGUCAAUAGUUCGAGCUUUGUUCAUAGGCGUGUGUCAUAGAGUUUGCAGAAUAGCAAAACAUGUAUCCAGUCAAAGCAUUUUAAUAUCACGUGAAAGGGUAUGGCAAACAGAGUUCACUGAUAACCUGGCACAAUAUCAAUACAAUAUGCCCUGUAUACAGUGCAAAGCAUUAGAUUGGUUACAGUGGAGGGUUACGAUAACAGAAGUGAUAUUCAACUGUAGUUUGGUUAGCCUGCACUAAAUUGAACCAAGAAAUGCAUGGAACAUCUGUCCACUCCAUUUGAACUUCCCAGCCAGCACUGAUGAAGGCACUAGCUGAUGAAGGCACUAGCUGAAACGUUUGUCUGUUUGACUUCUGUUAGUUUCUUUGUUUGAACUAGCCUUGAUAGCCCCCACUGAUGUUGAGCCAGUGUAGUACAGUUAAUGCUUCCAGCUGAGCAAGGGCGUGACCUCCCCGUGCCUCAGAAACCCCCUUAUCUUCCCUCCUGCGGGAGAGGGGGCUGUUCUGAAGAAAAUCGCAGUAAUUAACAUGAUCCUCUUUGCUUAUGUUGGGCUCCAGAAAAUGCAGGAAAGGGAAACCGGUGUUGGGUAGAAAUCUCAGAUAUGACGUGAACGCCUUUGUUUUGGGUCAACAGUGGGAAUACCUGUUGGAAUCAGACGAUGUCAAUUCCAAUUGCAAGUUCACAAUCUAUUUUGGUUCAGAGGGGCAGUUAAGCCAAGUCUCUAAAGCCAACUGCCUUCACAAAAAAAAAAAAGCUAUUUCAAGUACACUGAAAUAUACUGGAAUAAACCCCUGUUACACUGUAAUACCAACACUAAAUGUUUUAUUCAUACAUGGUGUUUUUCAUCAUCCUUUUUGAUGAAAGCCCCCUACCCCCUCACAAUAAUACCCAGCCCCCCCUGUACUUCAUGCCUGUUACCUGGCAAGUAUCUUAGUGCCUCUUCAGGGUGUGGAAUGAACUGCUAUAGCAUAUUAGUAACAAAACAUCCAUCACUGAAAACACUCAAUCCUAAAUUCAGAGAUAAAACCUAGGGUUAGUGAAUGAAGAAUCCACUGGCUGAAAUGUUACUGAUCUAAUCCAUUUACCCUCUUAUAAAUAAUAUUACCCAGCAGGAGAGUUCCUUGGGAAAAGAUUAUUAUUAUUAUUAUUAUUAUUAUUAUUUUUAUUAUUAUUAUUAUUUGGUAUUAUUUAACAUUUAAAUAAGUAUGUACUGUAUGCUAAAGAUCUUGCAUUGAUUUUUACAUUUUCUCAGUGUCAUGACAAUGUACAGUAUAGCGAUUGCACACCACUGUACUUUAAUACUGUAUGUGGAAAUUAAAUAAACAUUUGAAAUAAAUACAAAAGUCAAAUAUAAAUUCACCUAGCGUACCUUAUUUUGUGUACAUACACCCAGUCUGUUUGUUUAAACUGUAACUUCUGACCAGUGCUCUAAUUAUAACGUUGUUGUUUUUUACUCCUUUGGUAGUUUUUGAGGAUGUGAUAAGGGAGAUUGACUCACAGGUACUGCAAGGCUUUUUUUUCUAUAACAAGCAAAAUGUUGCUGUUUAAAAAGCUUCAGAUUCAUAAUGUAAGAGCUCCUGCAUGUCCGUUGGUUGUAUCAUGCUAGUUCUGCAGUAUUAGCACUACAAAUACUGCAAACUUCUAUUCUAAAAGUUUACUAACACUAAAUUCGCCUGGUACUUUUGCAGUUUCCACAGGCUUUCCUCAUACUUAUACUAUGCAAUUGCAAUAUGUUGUUGUUGUGUUUUUUUUUUUUUGGUAUACUUUACCGAACCUUUCUGGGCUUGUUUUCACUAUGCUUUAUUGUACUUGUGCUUUUACUAGGGGAAGCUGUCAUUAGGGUGGGCACAAUGGUAAAUCCUUUGUGAGUAUAUAGUCAUAUUCAGAACAGCCCAGUGUGUUCCAAGUUUGUCGUUAAGGGGAUAAUGCUUAGAGAUUCAUACUCUUUCAGGGAUUGCAGUUCUAUUGCUUUCUUUUCAAUAGGAAUCUGUAAGCACCACUUAGUUAAAUUUAGCAAUGAAAUCCUGUUCAUAAAAACAUUUUAGAAUAUUUAAACUCAGGAUUAAAAUGUAAUUAGUCAUCAGUGUAUAUAAAAUGAUUUUACACAACUGUAUGUUGAUUUUAUAAAUAUAUAGAUAUACACCAGACAUGUAAUAAUAAUAUACAAAUUCAGUCCCCAGUUGUUGUCUGGCUAUUCAGUGGAGAUGUUUUACUUUACUGUGACCACCAGAUGGCAGUGUUGGCUUGCAACUGCGGCAGGUCUAAAUUUGGCUGCUGAAUUUCAAUUCAUGUGAUCAGGUAAGGGAAAUAUUUUUACCAUGGAAACCACCCACAGGUGCUGACAGAACAGAAAUACCAACAUCCAUUUGAUUGUCACAGGAACUGAGUGCGAUAAACAGGGCUGUAUGAAUCUCUUAGCAAAAUUGAAUACAAUUUACCAGUUUCCCACUGAAAAUAUCUAAAUUGUUCAAAUAUUGUUCAAUAUUUUCCAUAUUGUUCUAUUAAGUAGCAGGUACACAUCAUAAAGACAUUAAAUUGGUAUAACAGAAGUGUAAAUGUGACCCUACAGUGGUUUGUUCUGCUAUUUUUUUCAGGGCAGCAGUGUGGCGUAGUGGUUAGGGCUCUGGACUCUUGACCGGAGGGUUGUGGGUUCAAUCCCUGGUAGGGGACACUGCUGCUGUACCCUUGAGCAAGGUACUUUACCUAUAUUGCGCCAGUAAAAACCCAACUGUAUAAAUGGGUAAUUGUAUGUAAAAAUAAUGUGAUAUCUUGUAACAAUUGUAAGUCGCCCUGGAUAAGGGCGUCUGCUAAGAAAUAAAUAAUAAUAAUAAAUAAUAAUAAUAUU